UCAUCAUUGUAUUACAGAUAGUUUGCCAGAAGCAGAAAUUUGCUUCAGAAUAUUCAAAAAAUUGUUUGUUACCCCUGUACAGCUAUGAUUGACAAGAAGUUUUACUUGUUCGUUGUCGGUGCCCUUUUAAUUGGGCUAUCUAUUGCAGAAGAGACUAUAGCCGAGGAAACUGUCGAUGGAGAUGUAGGCAGUCAUGCCGAUGGUUCUAGGACAGAUACCGAGGCAGUUCAAAGAGAGGAAGAGGCCAUCAAGUUGGACGGGCUUAAUGUGGCAGAUAUGAAGAAUUUGAGAGAUGCUGCCGAGAAGCAUCAUUUCCAGGCCGAAGUCAAUAGAAUGAUGAAAUUGAUUAUCAAUUCACUGUACAAGAACAAGGAGAUUUUCCUGAGAGAGCUAAUAUCAAAUGCUUCUGAUGCCCUCGACAAACUCCGAUUUUUAUCGGUCACAGACAAAAGUGCACUUGAUGCAACGGAGGAGCUUUCCAUUAGAAUCAAACCAGACAAAGAGAAUAACCUACUACACAUCAUCGACACAGGAAUUGGAAUGACUAAAAAUGAUUUGGUGAAAAAUCUUGGGACAAUAGCCAAAUCUGGUACGAGCGAUUUCAUUCAAAAGAUGCAAGAAGGCGACUCGAAAGCAACUGACCUUAUUGGUCAAUUUGGCGUUGGGUUUUAUUCGUCAUUUUUGGUCGCAGACAGAGUGUUUGUCACAUCAAAGCACAAUGAUGACAAACAACACAUUUGGGAGUCGAACGCUGCUGAAUUUUCUCUAGCGGAAGAUCCGCGUGGUGACACACUUCUAAGAGGGACUCAAAUAAGCUUGCACAUGCGACCCGAGUCAAUUGAGUUCUUGGAAGAGAACAAACUGGAAGAUCUAGUGCGAAAAUACAGUCAAUUCAUCAACUUCCCUAUCUACCUGUGGAGCAGCAAGACAGUAACAGAAGAGGUUGAAGAUGAAGCUUCCGAUGCCACAGAGAAACCACCAGCGGACGAAGAAGCUGAUGGGGACGAGGACUCAGUUGUCGAGGAGGAAGAAGAAGGUGAAAAGGAAAAGAAGACAGUUGAGAAGACUGUUUGGGAUUGGAAGAGAAUGAACGAAGCCAAGCCAAUCUGGUUGAGACAGACAUCCGACGUCACGGACGAGGAGUACAAAGAAUUCUACAAAUCAUUCACUAAAGACAGCGAAGAUCCACUUGCCUAUACUCAUUUCACGGCGGAAGGAGAAGUCACUUUCAAGUCCAUUCUUUUUGUGCCGAAAACAGCACCUCAUGAUUCAUAUACUGACUCACCGAGCAUGGAUAACAUCAAGCUGUACGUCAAGCGAGUAUUUAUUGCAGACAAGAUUGACGAUCUAAUGCCGAAGUACUUGUCCUUUAUCAAGGGAAUUGUUGACUCAGAUGACUUGCCUCUGAAUGUAUCCAGGGAAACUUUGCAGCAGAAUAAAUUGAUCAAAAUCAUAAGAAAGAAGUUGAUCAGAAAAAUUCUCGAUAUGUUUAAGAAGAUGGACGAUAAAGACUAUGAUGCCUUCUAUAAGCAAUACGGAGUUAAAUUGAAGUUCGGAAUCAUGGAGGACAGCGCAAACAAGAACAGGAUUGCGAAGCUGCUCAAAUUCCACUCCUCCAACUCCAAAGACGAAAUGACUUCUUUGGAUAAGUACAUUGAGAGAAUGAAGUCUUCACAGGAGAACAUUUUCUUCAUGGGAGGCUCUAGCGUAGCUGAAAUUGAGACCUCGCCUUUCGUUGAGAAACUCCUCAAGAAAGGAUACGAAGUUCUAUAUCUGACGGAACCCAUUGACGAAUACUGCAUUCAAUCAUUGACUGAUUACGAAUCGAAAAAGUUCCAGAACGUCGCUAAAGAUGGUCUUAAGAUUGGUAAAGACAGCGAAAAAAAGAAAGAACUUAAAGAAAAGACAGAAGAACAGUUCAAACCUCUCACGACAUGGCUCAAAGAAACUGGAUUGAAAGACAAGAUUGAGAAAGCAGCCAUUUCUGACAGAUUGGAUCAGUCACCGUGCGCCCUUGUAGCUUCACAAUGGGGAUGGUCUGGGAACAUGGAGAGAAUCAUGAAGUCCCAAGGAUAUCACCGAGAGAACGAGGGCAUGGCUAAUGUCUACUCUGGAAAGAAGACAUUGGAAAUCAAUCCUAGACAUCCUCUGAUCAAAGAGUUGCUGAGACAAGUAGAAGCGGAUGCCUCUGACGAGAAGACAAAAGACAUGGCUGAAACCCUUUUUGACACUGCCCUGCUGAGGUCUGGCUACCAGAUAUCAGACAUGCCUAACUUUGCUGGUAGAAUUGAAAGAAUGCUCAAGACGAGCCUGAAUAUCGACGUAAACGAAGAGGUUGAGCCUGAGCCUGAAUUCCCUGAAGAUGAAGAAGAAGACGAAGAGAAGACCGAGGAGAAGGAAGGCGAGGAUGAAGAUACAGAGCCCAAGGAUGAGCUCUAGCUUACCACUUUGAUGAACAACUGGAUACCUCCAGCCUCAGUACAAUCCAAAUGAAAACUAAUAGCCAAAUACUAUUACUGUAAAAAAAAUUAUUGCCUACGGUUUUCCAAUCUCAUCACUGAGUGCCAUUUAUAUCAAAUCCACCUAGCGUGGUUCAUGUGUGGAAGAUGUGAUUAUGAUUAUGCAGUAAAAGCGGUAUUUUGUGUUUUGAAUUAAUGUUGUUAAUAUUUGUAAGCGUGUUUACAGAUAUAGUUAUUUCUCUAGUGUUGAUUUGAGGACACUGUUGAUAUCUUAAUUUGUCACAAAUCAGAGACUUUAAUAAAAUUUUACUUGAAAAA